AUGCUGAGGCUCUGGGGGCUGCGGCUCCCCCCGGCGGGGGUCCUGCUCCUGUGGCCGCUUCUGCCACUGCUGCUGCUGCUGCUGCCCACGGCCCCCGCCCCCCACCUCGCACCCUACAAGCCUGUCAUCGUGGUGCAUGGGCUCUUCGACAGCUCCUACAGUUUCCGCCACCUGCUAGAAUACAUCAACCAGACACACCCCGGGACUGUGGUGACAGUGCUCGAUCUCUUCGAUGGGAGAGGGAGCUUGCGGCCCCUGUGGGAACAGAUGCAGGGGUUCCGAGCAUCUCCCUCUCCUCACCACAGAUGGGACAGUACAGACUAUUUGAAGUGGCUGUUCCCCACCUCCAUGAGGUCUAAUCUCUACCGGGUCUGCUAAUUCUCCAUCUGCAACUACUGGCACGACCCCCAUCACGAUGACUAUAGCCCCUCUGCCCAGCACCCAUCCCAACCACUCGAAGCGGGGCAUUCGAGGGUAAGGUUUGCAGCUAAAAAUCCCGUUUAUAAACAUUCGGUACCAGUGGCCCUAAUUUUUGUCUCAGGUUGACCUCGUACGCAGAGUCCUAGUUGUGGCCAGACGGGACCCUUGCCGUUUGAGGCUCCUAGUGACGC